AUGAAGCUCCCUCGAGCUCGAGUGGGCUGGCUUUGCGUGUUCGGCAGCUUCAUGGGUCUGGUGGGAAGUCUAGGACUAGUCAACUCGACGGGCAUAUUUCAAGCAUAUCUCGAAUUGCAUCAGCUGAGACAGCAUGGGUCCGGACAGACGGGCUGGAUCUUCGGUCUAUUCACCUUUUUGACUUUUUUCUGCGGAAUCCAGAUCGGGCCUAUAUUCGACACUAGGGGGCCUCGACUCUUGGUGUUCUUGGGAUUGAUAUUAAUCAUGGUUAUGAUGGUUAGCAUUGGGUUCUGCCAUGAAUACUCUCAGUUCAUCUUGACUAUUGGUGUUGCUGGUGGAUUUGGGACAUUACUUAUAUUUACACCCUCUAUCGCGGCCGUCGGCCAUUUCUUCCAAAAGAAACGCGGUCUUGUGACAGGUAUUGCUGUGAGUGGUGGCUCUAUAAAAGGUGUCAUUAUCCUGCUUAUCCUCGAGAGCCUCUUCAACAGAUAUGGUUUCGCAUGGGCAACUCGUGUCAUUACAUUAGUAUGCCUUAUCUUCCUUGUUAUUACCAGCACGCUGGUAUCCUCACGCCUUCUUAUAAAACCCUUCUCAAAAGAAAACACCCUCCCUGACUUCCAAAUCCUAUGGGAAUGCAAGUUCCUGCUGACAAUUAUUUCCAUCUUCUUCAUUAAAUGGAGCCUCUUUAUCCCUAUAACAUAUAUAUCAUCCUACGCGCUUGCUCAUGGUUCUUUCUUCGGGAGACUCCUCUCUGGUCUUCUUACAGAUUCUAUCAGCCGCUUUAAUAUACUGAUUAUCACUAUAGCGUUCUGUCUCAUCUGCAACGCGUGCCUUUGGAUGCCAGCCGGUGACAGUAUUACCCUUCUAAUUAUCUACUGCGCGCUCUUUGGGUUUGUGAGUAAGAGUAACAUCAGCCUUACGCCCGUGUGUAUUGGGCAGCUCUGUUGGACAGAAUAUUACGGUCAUAUCAGUAUCCUCACCGGAGUCCUAAUUGCCGGAGAGAUUCUUACCUGA